GGGCCUCCGCCAACUAUGGCGGGCGAGAUUGAGGUCUCUAAGCCGCUGAGCGGGUUGCUGAGCGGCCUGGCUCAGGACGCUUUCCAUGGGCACCCGGGCAUCACGGAGGAGCUGCUGCGGAGUCAGCUCUAUCCGGAGGUGCCACCUGAGGAGUUCCGCCCCUUUAUGGCGAAGAUGAAGGGGAUUCUUAAGUCUAUUGCAUCUGCAGACAUGGAUUUCAACCAGCUGGAGGCAUUCUUGACUGCUCAAACCAAAAAGCAAGGCGGGAUCACAUCUGACCAAGCUGCUGUCAUUUCCAAAUUCUGGAAGAGCCAUAAGACAAAAAUCCGAGAGAGCCUCAUGAACCAGAGCCGCUGGGACAGUGGUCUUCGGGGCUUGAGCUGGAGAGUUGAUGGCAAAUCACAGUCAAGACACUCAGCUCAAAUGCACACUCCUGUUGCCAUAAUGGAGCUGGAAAUAGGGAAAAGUGGACAGGACCCCUGAUUCAUGUGUGAAGGAUGAAUAAUAUAAUGAAGAGUGAAGCCAUGAUACCGAGAACUCAUUAAAAAAAAUCACUAUGGUUGGAACUGGUUUUUUGCACGUUAAAAGCUAUUCUCUUUUGCUUACAAAUCUCUGUGUGGUAGUAGUUAGGUAAAAUGUGGUCUCAAGGUAAAAACAGAAAAACCCGAAAACUUCAUCCUUCAUUCUGUUAGCAAGGUUAGGUAUACAGAAUGAACAGAGCCAAAAUUAAUACUCCACUUUAAAAUGGGGUUACGUGGACUUCUGACAAUCUUCAUUCCACAUUUUUACCUCUUUUCCACAAUUAUGACAAUCUCCUUCCUUUUUAAAUUUUAUUGUAACAUGUUUCAAAAUUUGGCAAGCCCGGGGGCUUCCCUGGUGAUGCAGUGGUUAAGAAAUCUGCCUGCCAAUGCAGGGGACACCGGUUCAAUCCCUGGUCUGGAAAGAUCCCACAUGCCACGGAGCAGCUAAGCCCAUGCGCCACAACUACUGAGCCUGCGCUCCGGAGCUCAUGUGCCACAACUACUGAAGCCCGCACGCCUAGAGCCCGUGCUCCGCAACAAGAGAAACCACUGCAAUGAGAGAAGCCCACGCACUGCAAGGAAGAGUAUCCCCCGCUCGCCGCAACUAGAGAAAGCCCGCGCACAGCAAUGCAGCCAAAAAUAAAUAAAUACAAUAAAUUUUAAAAAAAAUUUUGGCAAGCCCAGAGAUAAUACAAACCAUUAUUGUGCCAAAAGGGAAGAAAGUGAAGCCAAGAGAACACUUAGAGGGCACUAUGGUACUGGUCCAGGUAAUAUAAUAUUAGCCAGGAAGAUGGAGAUAAUUUUAAUAGUCAGUGUGGAGAGAAGUGAGCAGAAAGAAGAAACAUUUUAAUGUAUUGUAGAUGAGUUGCUUUGGGAUGGGUUGGAAGGGAUGUAGAAAAUGAAAGAAGGUGAGGAAUUGGGGAUAACUCUUUUUUUGCAUGAAUAUGUUAGUGUAAUUUGGUAACUCUAGUCUUUGUUUAAGAGUCUUAUUGAUAAAUUGGCCAUCUAAUACACAACUUGAGUUUUUCCCCAGCCCUUCCACUGGGGAAAAAAGUAAAUCAAAAGAAAUGAACAUUUGGCAGUUAAGAAAAUGCUUUUGUGCUGAAGUAAUUUUAUUUAAAACCCCCCAGUUUAUGAAGAGAUGCAUUUGAGAUGAUUGAGCUUAAAUUUUA